GUGACCUCGAGGCGACUAAGCGAACUACUCUGCAUCUGAAAAAUAUGAAUCCCGAUGAAGUGUGUCCGGUGGAGGUUCCAGUCUUUGGCGAACACCUCUGCGGUAUUCCGCUGGUCGAAGUCGAUCAGUGCCUUCCAGAAAAGACAUUCUGCGCCGUGGGCAAGAAAUUCGGGCGUUAUUACGUGCACCGCUUCAGUGCCGAGAAGGCUUUCGGAUUUCUAGGCCCUUUGCACAAAUACCGAACGUUCUGCAUAAGCAUCGUCACCAAACAGUACUUGGAUGCCGUUGUACUUGGUACCGUGUGCAUUAACACUUGUUUGUUGGCUAUGAAGGUGACUCCUUUCUGGCUCGACGCUGUCUUCGUCUCUGUCUUCGUGACGGACAUCUUGAUCCGAGUCACAGCGCGGGGGUUCGUGUUCCACAAGUACACUUACCUCCGGGACGUAUGGAACUGCCUCGAUUUCACCGUAACUGUGGUCGGUCUUAUCGAGCUGGUCGGAAUCCUGAUUGGGACGUACACGGCCCACUUGAAGUCACUGCGCCCCUUUCGUCUUCUCAAGGUCUUCACUAUUUUUCCAGGCCUCCGAACCAUCAUGAACACGAUCAUCAAUGCAACCACCAAGAUGUUCGAAGUGAUAGUUCUGCUCUUCUUCAGUAUCGUUGUCUUCUCCCUUCUAGGCCUCCAGAUGUUCAUGUCCGUGUUGAGGCAACGAUGCGUCACCAGCAUGGAGCGUCUCGGAGUGUUAGACCAACUCCUUUACAAGAAAAUCAUUCAGAACAGGACGUACUGGAUGCUCGACGGAGAUGACCCACACGAAUUGGGCUUUGUCUGCGGAAACUUCUUCGGGUCGUAUAAAUGCGAAGAGGGCUUCUCGUGCGAACGCGUCGAAGAAGUGGAGGAAGACCGUGUCUACCCGUCGUUCGACAACAUCCUCGUGGCCAUCCUUACAACCUUCAACAUUUUCACUCUGGACUCGUGGGAGGUGGCGUACAAUAUGCUUCUGGAGUCCGUGGGACCAUUGUGUUUCCCACUAUUUUUGGUGACCGUUAUGUUUGGUACGGCAUAUCUGGUCAACCUCAUGCUGGCUAUCAUCGUUCACACAUACGCCCACGAGGACGAACUGCAGAAGGCCAGGAUGUUACAAGCUGAAGGCGCGUUCAUCAUGGACCUGUCGCUGUUCGAAGACAUGAGCUACUUCACGAUAGAUGUGACCCGUGUCUACCUUCAUCCACUGACCAGCCCCGAUCAGAUCCACAGUGACAGCUGGAUUCGACAGUUACGCUUCCAGCACAGGCUUCGUAAGGGUGAAACCGAAGCUGUGGGACGAGAGUUUGGAAUGGGGAUUAUGAUCAGCGACGUCGGUACCGAAGAACCCAAGAAGGCUCAAAUGUGGGGAGCUGUCAAGAAGCCAGCUGCUGGAGAGAUGAGACCAGCCUUCGCGGAAGAGGUGCAGGUGAAAGCAUUCAGAGGUGGUUGGAAUACGUUGGUGUCUGUCUGUGCAAGGAUCGAACGCAAUCCAGUGAUUGACCUUACGAUACACGUACUUAUCAUCUUGAGCACAGUUCUGUUGGCUUUAGACAGCCAUAACGCCAGUCAAGAAAUGAAGGGAGUCAUCAGCUGGGGAAUAACGGCGGUGAGUGCGGCAUUCGCUAUCGAAAUGGCCAUCAAGCUCAUCGCACAAGGCUUUCGAUUCUUCUCCAAGAAAUUUGCGAUGCUCGACUUCUGCGCUGUUGUCCUGGGCAUCACCUCAGAUAUCCUGGUGUUGCAACGUGUUCCAGUGGGCCGCAACAUGCGCUUCUUAAGACUCUUUCGGCUAAUCUACGUGGCUCGCACUUGGGAUACUCUCUUCUACAUGAUCAACCGUCUGCUGUCUCUGAAAGAAUCCUUGAUGUACCUGAUGGCGGUGAUCAGCGUCGUGGUCGCCACUCUGGCCAUAGUGGCUCUGUACCUGUUCUCCGUCCAGAAGCCCUCGCAGUCGCGAUGGAACUGCGACGAUUUCUUCCACAGCUUGCUGCUCAUCGUUCGUGUCUUCUGCGGUGAACUGUUCGAACCCCUUAUGGGCUGUUUCCACGAAGGCCACAGUCCUGUGCUGUGUGUUGGCUUCUACAUCUUAGUCUUUUUCAUUGGCAACUACGUCCUGCUCAACGUCUUCUUGGCUUUCCUGCUAGGAAAUUUCAGUGUGGACAACAUUGUUCAACGGAAUUCUCCCGGGGAAAUCCUUUUCGAAGAAUGGAUGAGUCGCUUAAAGACUUACAUCCGGAGCCGCAUCUACCCUCCUGUCACAACCGUUCCUCAAAGAGCGAGGCCGAUGAUUGAUGAUGAAGACCACAUUCCUCCUUGUUUUCAUUACGACCUGAAUGAUAGACUGUUCAGUGCUGUUCCCUUCCAAGGCUUCUGGCUUGGACUUCGACGAACUGCCAGACGUAUCAUCACGCACAAAGUCUUCCGUAUAUUCAUGGUUCUGCUUAUCAUUCUCAGCAGCAUUGUGCUGUGUCUAGAGGAUGAAAAGACUGGUUCGCAGCCGUCCGUUCGGCGAAAGUUACAGCAGAUGAACAAGGCGUUCGCUUGGCUCUUCACCGUUGAGUUUGUUCUUAUGUUAUUGGGCAAAGGAGUGCACGAUUACUUCACUUCGCCCUGGCACCUGCUGGACUUCUUCGUACAGGCUACGUCUAUCAUGUACCUGUUCCUGGAGACAACUGGAGAAGAGACUGCGCUCACACGCUUCCUCCGUUCCAUGCGAGCCCUUCGGCCAAUGAGGAUCAUAUCGCAGAUGAAAAGCAUCAAGAUCGUGGUGGACGCCCUGGCAGCGUCUGUGCCGUCCAUCAUCAACGUGGUCGUGUGCUGUGCUUUCAUCUGGCUCGUAUUUGGCAUCGUUGGCAUGAGCCUCUUCGCUGGACGAUUCUAUCGGUGUGUGGAUCCUCAGACGGACGAGGUCCUCUCAGCGGAUCUUGUACCGGACCGCAAAACUUGCCACAUGCUGGGAUAUGCUUGGGAGAACGCGCAAGUCAACUUUGACAACUUGGCCCUUGCCUCACUGGCUCUAUUUCAGGUGGCAACAUUCGAAGGAUGGAUUGAGGUAAUCGAAGCAGCUAUAGACAUCCAAGGUAUCGAUCUUCAACCCCGACGCGAGGCAAAUCCAUUCUCUCUCAUCUACUUUAUAAUCUUCAUCGUCAUUGGCGCUUUCUUGGUCUUCAACUUGUUCGUCGGUGUCAUAAUCGACAAUUUCUACGCAAAGAAGCGCCAGAUGGAGGAAGGCUUUGAGAUGCCAGCCAAAACAGAAGGCCAGAAACGGUUUGGAAACGCUAUCAGGAAACUCUUAGGCAAGAAACCCGUUCGCAUCUUUGUUCGACCACGAAAUUCUGUCAAGGGACUUUUCUACGACGUUGCCGUCAGCAGGGAGUUGGAGCGUGCAACCAUGGCCAUUGUGAUGCUGAACAUGAUAUUCUUGGCAAUGGAGCAGCACUCGUCCAGUCGCCGCAUGAGACUCAUGUUAGCGCACGUGAACGGCGUCUUUCUGCUCUAUUAUAUCUUAGAGCAGGCCAUCAAGAUACUGGGCACAGGAAUUACCUUCUUUGGCAGUAAAUGGAACCAGUUCGACCUGUGCGUUCUCAUCGUUUCCAUUAUAGGAGCUGUACUACCCGCCUUUGUGAUGAAUCGAAGCCACUCGUCAUUGGUUCGAGGACUUCGCAUCUUGGUCGUAUUUAAGAUCUUCCGCUGUUUGCUCACAACUCGGGGUGUUGGAGAACUUCUCUUCAUCUUUUCUGCUUCGGUGCCGGCCUUCGCUAACAUAGCUCUUCUCCUCUUCUUGGUGACGUUCGUGUAUGCCAUCCUGGGCGUUUCCCUCUUCCAUCACAUCAACUCCACUGAAAAUGACAGGGCGGUGGUAAAUUUCCACAACUUCGGCAAUUCAAUGCUUCUCCUUUUCCGGCUGUCCACGGCUAGCAAUUGGAACGAGGUCCUGGACAUGCUUCUGACUGGUUCCGAAAUCUGCGAUCCCAGUGGACAUUGCAGCGGCAAGUGGGUGGCUGUCGUGUACCUGGUCACCUACAUCUUCCUCUCCAACUUGAUCAUUCUCAAUACAUACGUCGCCAUCAUGUUGGACAACUACGAAAUCUCAAAGGACACUACACUGUCCGGAAUGAGCGCAUCCAAUGUAUUGGAGUUUGCAACGACGUGGACACUACACGACCGAUCUGCGACCCGUUUCAUCCCUUUGAAGCAAUUAUCCACCCUCGUUGAGAAGCUUCCAUCUCCCAUUGGGGUGCGAAAACCUAACAGUCUCGUGGUGGCUCUUAUGAACAUCCCCAUCUACGAGAGGGAUCAGGUUCACUACGUAGACGUCCUGCAGGGCGUGCUACGUACAAGGAUGAACAUGUACGAAGAGCUGAGCAAGGAAUUGAAAGAUUAUUUGCAAGAACAGUUCGUCAGCAUGUACCCUGAACUGAAAGGUCUCAAGGCCGUUUCGUCGACGAUGAAGCGCAAAGGCGAAGAGAGGGCAGCGGGAGUCCUUCGCCAGUUCUUUGAAAUGCAUUGCGAGAAGCUUCGCCUCGAGAGAGCUGUCAGGAUGAUCCAGCGAACUUACAGAGCGUACAGGUUUCGCCGAUUUGCUAACUCUUCGAGGUACUUGAGGUACUUUCCCGUCUUCAUGAUUACUCAGACCGACCUGCAAUACUGGUAGAGGAUGUCCCGCUUGGUCUACCUGGUACGGCACGUAAUAAAUUGCUAUCUUAAUCUCACGUCAGAGAAACCAGAUAAAACAGUU